GUUCUUUACCCCAAGAAUCCUGGAGCUUCAGCAGAAUGGUGACAUGGACAUCCUGAAGCACAAAUGGUGGCCUAAGAAUGGCCAGUGUGACCUGUACUCGUCAGUGGACACAAAGCAAAAAGGAGGCGCCCUGGACAUAAAGAGCUUUGCAGGGGUGUUUUGCAUCCUGGCUGCUGGGAUUGUCCUCUCCUGCUUCAUUGCCAUGCUGGAGACGUGGUGGAACAAGAGGAAAGGCUCCCGGGUCCCAUCGAAAGAGGAUGACAAGGAAAUUGACCUGGAGCACCUCCAUAGACGUGUAAAUAGCUUGUGCACAGAUGACGACAGCCCCCAUAAACAGUUUUCCACCUCGUCAAUUGACUUGACCCCUCUGGACAUUGACACUUUGCCAACACGACAAGCACUGGAGCAGAUCAGUGAUUUCAGGAACACUCAUAUUACCACAACAACCUUUAUCCCAGAGCAGAUCCAGACUCUUAGUCGCACACUGUCAGCUAAAGCUGCCUCUGGCUUCACUUUUGGCAACGUGCCUGAGCACCGAACUGGCCCUUUUAGGCACAGGGCACCUAAUGGGGGCUUUUUCAGGAGUCCCAUAAAAACAAUGUCAUCUAUUCCUUAUCAACCAACUCCUACCCUGGGGCUCAAUCUGGGUAAUGAUCCAGACCGAGGCACCUCCAUAUGAGCAUCAAACAAAAUCUCUUCACUGUUUCUUUUUUAGGACUCCCUUUGCAAGGAGCAACUGUAAUAUUGUGGGACUAACAUGGAUGUAACUUAAAAAAAAAUCAGGAUUAUUAGUAACAAUUCUAGUUAUUUCUCCCCACCUUC